AUGCCUUCUGCAUCUCAGAGAAAGAACGACGAAUUUGAUCGGGCAUGCGACACAUUUCAUUCAUAUAAGUAUCAUUUUAACGAUAAGAAAGUCGUUGAAAAAGUACAGCAGGCAUUUACUCAAUGUCAAAAACAAAUACAAAAAUCUGGUAUCAGUGAUGCAACGACUAAUGCCUUGCAACGUAUCCACACAGCAUUGAGUUUCAAUCAUAAAGAAUUUGAACGUACACCAUGGAAUCCAGCCUUGGACACCUUUGACUUUUUUGUUUUUAUACAAGAUUUUUUAUUAUCCAUGAUACAAAAAGUCAGUGAAAAACAAAAUCAGCCACAAGAUACAACAAAAAUGAAAAUCAAAUGUUUUGAUUUAAUUUGUUCGUUACUUGAUCUAUUUGAUUUUAAAUUUUUUUUUGAUGAUAAAUUUCUGUAUGCCAUUAAACAAUGUCUAUCAGACGUAAAAGAACACCAAUAUACACCAGAUGAUUUUCGUUAUGAGCAACUGGCUAUUCUCUUCGGUCAAAUUUAUACAGUAAUGAAAUUUAAAAUAAAGUAUGGAGAUGUCUGUCAAAAACUUUAUCCAGCUGCAACAACGCUAAUAUUACAAUGUGUAUUAAAUUAUUUUCAAAGUGAAUUUGAUCGUUUUUAUGAUGAAGAGAAAGGACGAUCAAGACGAACAGAAGGUGACGCUAAACGUCGAUUAAUUUUAAAUAUAUUCCCGGAAUAUCUACUCUUAGAAGGUGAUGAUAUAGUAAGUCCAGCGCUGACAACUGCUCAAUUAGAUUGUCUAUGUCAAACAUUAUUUAACUGGAGUCGUAUAGUGUUUGAUCAUGUUUUUAGUCAGACCCUUAAUGACUACACGUUAUCAAGCGUUUUAGUAAGAUUUAUACGUUUAAUGAAUCGCUGUAUACCAUCAGUCUACUUUCGUCGUUGCACUCGUAAAAAUUUACCAUUAGUUGAAAAUCUUCUACGUUUACUUCAUACACCAUUGUUCAUCAAAGAGAUAACUGAUUGGGAUGAUCGUUUUAAAAUAAUGGUACUGGAUCAUUCUAUACAGGAGAACCAUUAUGAUUUAGUUAUUGCUGCAGCUGCAUUACUCUACAAUUUGUCAGUCGAAUCAAUUGUUGUUGAUCGUCUACGGACACUGAAAGAUAAUGUGCCGUUAAUAUUGUCUGUAUUACAUAAGCAGUGCAAAACGAAAAAUGCUCAUACAACAACAUUUCAUUGUGAAACACUGAUCGGGUUAAUGAAUGAUGAUAUUGAUAAAUUAUCGGAACCAAAGGAAUUAGCAACAUCUUAUGUUAAAUACAUGUCAAAAACAAUGAGUAAACAAAAUCAAUCAUUCGAAAAAGUUAGAUUAAGUGAUGUUAUUAUUCAUUUGAAAGUCUUCAUACAAAAUGAAGAAGUUAAAACCGAAGUUGUUGCUCAAGAUGGUUUAACAUUACUAACCACUUGUGCCUAUGAUAAUAAAUUUGAUAUGGCAUCUAUACAGUAUUCAUCAAUGGAAUUGAUAUGGUCUAUAAUAUUUAAUUUAUCAGCUGCACAACUGUUGCGAGCUAAUAAAGUGUUUGUUGAUUAUGUAGUUGAUUUAACGAAAGCAAAAACAGAUAAGCCGAAUGAUCACGUAUUGAAAUCAGUUGCUGAGGGUGUGGACUGGGAAAUGAAACGACACGUUGUCAAGGAAGAGAAACGAAAGGAAGCUAAGAAACCAUUGAAAUUCAAUAUGCUUGGCGUUCCAGUUGAUCAAUUCGGUAGACAGCUGACAAAAGAACAACGUUUGGCUAUGGAACCAGCGAAAGAUUUUAAAUUUGAUCUAAUGAUUAGCUAUUGCCAUAAAGAUUCUGAAUUAUGUAUAAAAGUCUAUGAAGGUCUACAUCAAGCAACAAACGCACGUAUAUGGAUUGAUCGUAAUGAGAUGUUCGGUUCACUAACUGAACGUAUGUCUGAAGCGAUUGAACAUUCAAGAAUUAUUCUCAUCUGUUAUUCAAAUGCAUAUAAAGAAAGUCCAAAUUGUCAAUCAGAAUGCACCUAUGCCAAUGAGUUAAAACGUGAGAUCAUACCACUACGGAUGGAAGCAAAUUAUCGACCAAAUGGAUGGCUAAAAGUUAUCCUUGGUGAUCGCGUCUAUGUUGACUUCCUCAAAAAUGGUUUCGAUACAGGAUUUACUGACUUAAUCAAACAAUUACAACGUUAUGAUAAGAAAUAUAGAGACACUAUGAACGUGAAACAAGCAGAAAGACCGGUGAAUGCAUCUGAUUCAGCAGCAGCUCAGUCACAGAAGAAAAUGAAAGAGGGUAAACAACCACCACCACCACCACCAAAAGAUGUAAUGCCAAAAUCUUCUCGUGCUGUUGCUCGUGCUCAUUGCUCACCGUCACCGCCUCCACUACUUGAUUCCAGAACAACUCGUGCUCAUCAUCAAGAGCAUCAAAGAGCACGUUCAAAUGUCUCUGCUACUGCUGAAUAUGAAAGUCGAUCAAUUCAGAGUUGGACUCAAGAGGAUGUGGAUACCUUCUUUUAUGCUAAACAAAUUGAACCGAUGUUACAGCUGUUAGGCGCUAACUAUAACGGACGGUAUUUAAUACGGUAUUAUCAGCGACUCGUAUCACAAGAAAAUGCAUAUCAAAUAGCAAAAGAGGAAUUAAAAGAUUUACAUCAAAUAAGUUUACCAUUCAAUAUGUUUGUAACAUUCACAGAUGAGAUAGAACUGUAUUUAGGACAAACUAAUAAUUAG